UGUUUUGGUUUCGUACCAUUCCCACAGAAAAAAAAAAAAGUGAGAAACUCGAACCUCAAAUCUCAACACAAUCAAAAGUUUCAUUUCUCUUCCAUUUUCUCACGCUAUCAGCAUCAACAGUGACACGUCAAUGAACGGCUUCUUUUUUUGCUAGAUGAAUUGACUGGCAUGUCAUUUUAUUGUGGAUAGAGUGCUAUGGAGUAUAGGUAGGAAACACCAGUGGUAAAGUUUGAGAAGCAGAAAGAACAUGGCUCCAGCUCGCAAGGCUGAGGAUAAGGCGGCGGUGGAUGCAGCUGCAUGGAUGUUCAAUGUUGUUACAUCUGUUGGAAUUAUCAUUGUAAACAAAGCUUUGAUGGCCACUCAUGGCUUCAGUUUUGCUACAACAUUAACAGGCAUGCACUUCGCUACCACAACUUUAAUGACAAUCAUACUAAAGAUGCUGGGAUUUGUCCAGCCUUCUCAUUUACCCUUGCCAGAACUCUUAAAAUUUGUUGUCUUUGCCAACUUCUCUAUUGUUGGAAUGAAUAUUAGUUUAAUGUGGAACUCAGUUGGAUUUUAUCAAAUUGCAAAGUUAAGUAUGAUCCCUGUAUCAUGCCUGUUGGAAGUUGUUCUCGACAAGAUUCGGUAUUCAAGAGACACGAAACUGAGCAUAGGUGUUGUUCUUUUGGGUGUUGGUGUUUGCACUGUUACUGAUGUGAGUGUUAACGCUAGAGGAUUCAUUGCUGCCUUCAUUGCAGUGUGGAGCACUUCUAUGCAACAAUAUUAUGUUCAUUAUCUUCAAAGGAAGUAUUCUCUAAGUUCUUUCAACCUAUUGGCACAUACAGCACCUGCACAGGCCGCAUCACUACUGUUAUUAGGACCUUUUCUAGAUUUUUGGUUGACAAACGCAAGAGUUGACAAAUAUGACUAUAAGACUGCCUCGUCGAUAUUCAUAUUUCUGUCAUGCACCAUUGCAGUUGGUACCAACCUAAGCCAAUUUAUCUGCAUCGGCAGAUUCACUGCUGUUUCCUUUCAAGUACUGGGACAUAUGAAGACAAUACUUGUUUUAAUCAUGGGGUUCUUUUUCUUUGGUAAAGAGAAUCUCAAUCUCCAAGUGGUUUUUGGAAUGUUUAUAGCUAUAGUUGGAAUGAUUUGGUAUGGCAAUGCCUCAUCCAAACCUGGUGGAAAGGAGCGCCGGGGCCAUUCUCUUCCUACCAACAAAACAGAAACAUGAUAGUUUAAACAACAUUCACUAAUUUUUGUUGUUUUCAAGUGGGGUGCAUUAUUUGCCAAAGUUGAGCAUACGAAGAUAGCUGAUUCUAGGAAAGUGUUAUAAUUAUUUUAAAUUAAACCUCAUUGGUUCCUAAUUAUUUUCAACCACAUUUUGUAAUUCAUAAAAUUUUAUCUCUUUGUAUUCUUAGGGCCAUUUGAUAUUUCCUUAUAGAUCUAGCUUCCCAGCAAAAAAAUUCAUCUUUGGAAAAAUAGAUGAAUAUAUUAUAUUCUUUGUUGACUCCUUUUUCGAAACUUGUACUGUACUUUAACAGUGUGCCGUUGAAAUUGAUUCAGUCAUUCAUGUGUGAAACACAUUAAGGCAUACAAGCUUUUAGUAUUCUUCUCA